UUUUGGUUGAGGAGAUAAUCUUGUGAAUCGUCACAACGAGUAUUUUGCAACGUGUUACGGCAAUCUUUUCCAUAUUUCGAGCUCGAUUGUUAUUUUGUAGUUAACGUUAUGUCUACAGCAGAACAAACAGAAUUAAAAGGUGGACAUCCACCAGCAGUGAAAGCUGGUGGAAUGAGAAUAACCCAGAGUGGAAAGCAAGUACAUGAAAAACCUGAAAAAGAUGAAGAUGCAGAGGAAUAUGUUGAGGCAACAAGCCCGCCAAAGAAAAAUGAUGUGCGUCUACUGGUCUCAGGUGUACUCACUAAGGGUAAUAAGGACUUUACGACGGAAGCUGUCAGAAAUAUCAACGAUAAACCAAUGCCAAAACAUGAAAAACAUGUGGAUAAUAAACCAAAGGGUAAAGGUUUAAAUCAACCCCGCAAAUAGAGGGCUCACUUCACAUAAGACCAUCUGGUGAAGUAUAGGUUAUUAAAGGCCUCUGUUGUCAUGCUAUAAAUUCGUUGAUUGUUGAGAGACUGCUUUUAAGAUCAUGUAAAAGUAAAGGUUUGAGUAUGGAAUCAUGGACAGCAAAAAUUAUAUUUUAAGUUUCUAAAUAAUUUUGUUUUAAAAUUUUCAUUAGUUAUAGUAGUAAAUAUAUAAUAGGAAUUUUCACCCUAUUGAAAUAAAACUGGUUAUUGACCACCUGUAUACGAUUCAAGUUUUCAGCUAUAGAACAGGGUAUGUGUGAAACAUACAGUACUUGUUUUAUGUUAAUAAUAAAUGAUAAUACCACAACUAAUUAUGUAGACCUAGUAAGUUAAGGGAGUUAUUACAGGACAACUGUAGCAAAAGCACUAUCAUUAAAUAUCAGAUAACCAUUAUGCUUUAUGGGAGAAGUUAAACUUUAGUGGAUUUUGAUGAUCAUGUUGAUUUUCAAAAUUGUAAUGAUGAUAAACAAGUAAACAACCUUUGAUGGGUUUACAAUAUUUAAAAUCAACAUUAUCAUUUUCUCUUAAAAAUGUAAUAUAUAAAGGGCCUGUAUACUAGUUUGGGAAUUUUCCCUUUCUCUGGACCAAAGGAAAUUAAAAUCUACUACAGUAACUGAUAUAGAAUCAGAAUUGUAAGUUAGGUAAUCAUAUGUAUAUCAAUAUGAAGUAAUCAUGAUGGGAUUGUAUUUUGGUAAUUUUAUUGUUUUCAAUUUAUUUGUUAAAAACAUUAUGAAAUUGCUUGAAUAUAUUAAAAUUGUUACUUCUGACCUAUUUAGGCUCAAUUUAAUAUGGAAUCAUUAAUUUGAAACUUCCCUCAGAACUGGCUAAAGUUUAGCCAAUUUUUAUACUAGUGUACACCUUACACUGUGUUGCACUGAUCUCGAAUGCAUUGAAACAUACAAUUAUGCAGUUAAAUUUGUAGUCUUCAUUUACUAUUUUCAACUAUGUGAACUUUUAUUUUAAAAGGUACUAUAAACCCUGCUGGUUUUAUCAUGAAUUAUGAAGAAUUUAGGCUUCAUACAUUUUACAGAGAGUGAAUAUACUGCAGUCAUAUUUUCUUGCAAUGUAUUUUGAAAACAAAUUUUAAACAUUGUUUUUGUUUUAAGGAGAUUGAGGUAUAAUAUUAUAUAUUAUGAAUGAUAUCCAUUUUAUGUAAUUUCAGAAAAAAAUAAGUCAUUUUGAUCAAAAGUAACAAUUCAUCCAUUUUUUAAGUGAAAUAAAUUUUUUGUCAAAAGAAGCCGUUUGUGUUUGGAUCAAAAAGUUGAAUAAAACUUUGUUCAUGUACAAUUUGUACUAUUGUUUUAUUCAUGAAUUAAAUCUUAAUGCAAUUCAAUUCAAAUUCUGAAAACAAAAGAAGUAAAAUUGUCAAAAAGUGCAGAAUAUUAAACAUUUAUGUAAAAUAGAAAAUUACAUUAUUAUAUAGUGCAUUGAAAAAAUUCUAUACUUCCCCCCCCCCCCCCCCCCAAAAAAAAGAAAAAUGAUGACCAAUUAUUUAUGAUUUAAUAUCAGAGCAUCCAUUCUUAUCAAGAGGGAGCCUUGAUAUGCAGAUAGGACAUUUUAUUCUUUGUAUUUUUAAACUGGUGCAAAGCAAAAAGACUCGAAAAUUGGCAAAAUGAUAUAAAAUAUAUAAUUUUAUGUAUUGUGAUAAAGUUGCCUUGAAUCAUGAGGCUGUCAGUAUCAUAACGUUUAGAUGAUAAAUCACAGUGGCGGAUUCAAGUGGGAGCUCCCAGGUCUGGGUCCCCUAAAAUUUUCAAAAUCCAAAGAAAAAUGGAUAAGAAAUGAAAAUUAUAUUCUAAUUUAAGUUUGAGAGUGUCAUUUCCAGCCAUAAUCAUAAAUUUUCUUACUGUACCUCAGCCCUAACCAUGUUGGGGCUGAGGUGAUUUAAACACUAUAUGUGAAAAUACCUCUCUGGGCCCCUCUGUUUUGAAUUCCUGGAGCUUCCACUGAGUCGCUGUAUGUGAAGCCCAGUAGGACAUAUAAUUAUAUUUAGUGCCUAUGGAAAUAACUUGUGAGACUGUUCCGAGAUGGGCGCAACUUAUCGGUAGUUCAUUUUGGUCAUCUUCUGAAAGAGACAUUAAUGCCAGGCUUUAAAGAUUGGUCCUAUUUGAAGGCUUGUGCAUGAAGGAACAAUGUACAAUUAUUGGAAAGAGGGAUAAUGUAGGUAAGCCUGCCCAUUGGAUAUUGUUGCUAAUGUGUGGUACCUGAAACAGUCUAAAUGCAUGUGAACUUGCAUGUUCAUGUUACAUGCGAGUAUUUAUGGCUAUUAAAUGACAUGUUCUCAUGGGUCAACUUGACAGUUCCGAAAGUCCAUUGUCUACAGACAACCCCAGGCUCGCACACUGCACGAGAUAGCCUCACCGGGCGUUUGUUCAGAAUGUAACAGAUGCACUACAUUACAAUAAUCAGAAUGGGUGGCAGAAUGUGGUGGUAGUACACUUUGCAUAUAUCCAGGUAGUUUUGUAAUUAUGCCACAGAAAUUUCAGGUUUUGAAAUGUUUGAGUUAGAAAAUGUCUGAGGCAGAUUAAUGAAAAAUAGGAUAGGAAAAUAUUUAGAAUGCCCCCUUAUGUCAAAAUACAAACAAACAUCCCAUA